AUGGCCAUGGGGGUCGCGGGGCUGGCCGGCCCCAGCGCCAUCAUCCUCGGGGGCGCGCUCGCCAUGUCCACAACCGCUGUCGCCAUCCAGGUGCUGGAGGACCGUGGUGAGAUGGGCUCGCGCCACGGCCGCGCCACAUUCAGCGUGCUGCUCUUCCAGGACCUGGCCGUCGUGGUGCUGCUGAUGCUGAUCCCCCUCCUCGCGCCCGACGCGUCCGGCAGCAGCGGCGGCGCCGCCAAGAUCGCGCAGGCCCUCGGCAUCGCGGCCGUCAAGGCCGUCGUGUGCAUCCUCGGCAUCAUCGCCGGCGGCCGCAUCUUCAUCCGGCCGCUGUACAAGAAGAUCUCCAACCUGGCCAACGCGGAGAUCUUCGCGGCCACGACGCUGCUGGUGGUGCUGGGCACGAGCAUGGCUACGCAGCUGGCGGGGCUGAGCCUGGCGCUGGGGGCGUUCCUGGCGGGGCUGCUCAUCGCCGAGACGGAGUUUGCGCUGCAGGUGGAGUCUGACAUCCUGCCUUUCAAGGGCCUGCUGAUGGGGCUGUUCUUCAUGACCGUGGGCAUGCAGAUCAGCGUGGGCCUCUUUGUGGCGCAGUGGAAGACCAUCGUCGCGUCCAUCGUGCUGCUGGUGGCUGGCAAGCUGGGCGUCAUGAUGCUGGCUGGGCAGAUGUUUGGCCUCAGCCGCAUGUCGGCGCUGCGGGCGGCGGCGCCCUGCUAG